AUGGAUGCCUACAAGGCCCAAAUGACUGUCCAAACAGGAGAUGAAGCGGCAUGGUGUAGAUUCUUCCCUGCCACUCUCAAAGGGAUGGCUCUCUCAUUAUUCUCUGGGUUAUCGGCCGGUGUCAUCACGAGAUUCUCAGUGCUCGAAGCUCUAUUCAAAUCACAAUUCAUUGCCGGACAGGUAUACAAGAAGACCAACAUGCAUCUCAUGUCCGUCCAACAACAACCCAAUGAAAGCCUCAAGGAAUACAUCAAGAGAUUCAAUGACGAGUCCUUGAACAUACCAAACUUGCAAGAUUCUGUUGCCUUCACCGCACUCAUGACCGGGCUAAAGGAAGGAAGCCGAUUUCGUUGGGUCUUGGCCGGCGAGCAAAUAUCUACCCUACCCCAAGAAAUUGUCCGGGCACAUAGAUACAUUCAAUCCGCGGAGAUCUGCAAUCCGUCGGUCAAAACUGACCUUAAGAGGAAAAAAGACGUCGUUGGACGGGAAAAAGAGAAGAAACCCAGAGAAACUGAAAAUGGAAACGACACUCGGUAUAACAGUAACAGGAGGGAGAUAUACCUUGACAUCAAGGAAAAGUCAGUGCUACCGAAUCCAACCCCUAUCAGGACCCCCGCAUCUAAAAGAGAUAAGAGUCUUUGGUGUGAGUUCCCCAAAGAGUGCGGACACACCACCAAGGACUGUCGAGAAUUGAAGAGGGCCUUGGACAGACUCGCUGACGAAGGGAAGUUGAACAAAUAUUUGAAGGGUUCAUCCUCUGGCAAGAAGGAAGAUAACAAGGGAUCAGAUGUCCAUAGUGAUCAUACCGAGGGAUAUGUUGGGGUCCUCAAUGUCGAAGCACCUCCAUCAGAUCUCAAGUGUCCAACAAUAACGUUCCAAGAGGAUCCCUCUCAAACUGUUCAUGCCCCGCAUGAUGAUCCCCUAGUCAUCGAGAUCAAGGUAGCCAACCGAAUAGUAAAAAGAGUGUUGAUCGAUAGUGGAAGCUCGGCUGACAUCCUGACUCUUGAAUACCUCGAGAGGCUACGUUACAAGAAAAGUGACCUCAUCGACAUCAGCCAGCCCCACGUAGGAUUCAGUGGUCAAUCAGUAUACCCUGUCGGCAUGAUCAAACUUCCCGUCCGUAUCGGAGAAAAAGGAAAAGGGGAGGCCUCUACUGAACAAGAUCAUCAGAUUUAA